UAGAACACAACGCAGCUCGUCAUCAACGCAGAUUGUAGCUCGCAGUCCACUCUACCAAAAGGACCGAACACUAUGCCGGGGCCAGCGAUCGAGCCCAAACUCCUGGGCGAGCUCGCCGUGGUCAUUAUCAAGGCGAAAAACCUGCCGGAUCGGAGCAAGAUCGGGAAGCAUAACCCCUAUGUGGUCGUUCAAUACCGUCAGGAGAAACGCAAAUCCAAGGUCGUUAAAAAGGGGGGCCAACAUCCGGAAUUUGACGAUGAAGUCCGAUUCAAGAUCUAUGAAGAGACCGAAGACAUCCUCAACCGACCCUCCCGGUCUUCGGAUACGCCUUCCGUGGUCACCGACGCUUCCUCGAGCUCCAACCCCAACUCUAAUGGACAGGGAGGUAUGGCGAGACUGCCGUUGAACAAGAGCAUCCAGGUUCAGGUCUGGGCGGACGACUCGAAGGAACCCAAGAUCGUCGGGGAAUGUUCGGUGGAUCUGAGUGAGGUGUUUAGGACGUGUGAACAGGAUGACUCGUACGAGCUGCAAUACAAGAACCGGUAUGCAGGGGAAAUCUCGCUCGAGUUGACCUACUUUAUCAACGACGCACCGCCGAUCCCGAAAAAGGUCGCCAAACCGGUCAUCCCCCCCAAGCCGACUCAUAGCAAUAGCAUCACCUCGAUCUCGACCAUCGCGACGUUUGACGGUCCAGCAGGGUUCCCGCUCAAGGGAAGUGGGGGCAGCACGAGGAGACCUGUCCAGCCGAUGGGACAUGCAUAUCACGCUAGCAUCGAGGAUAGGCGGUAUCUGCAGCAUUAUCAGGCGGACCCUGUCAGCUCGGGAAUGGGGAUGGGAGCGGAUGAAUGGGGUGCCAGAGCAGGGUCGGCGAGUCACAGACAAUCUUUCAGCGGGAGACCCACGUCGGUAGCUCCCGGAUACGACUCCUAUGGGUCGCACCAGGCCUCGAUGGACAGUCUAGGAGGAUCCCUGUCGAGCAUGUCUAUCGGAUCUCAUUCCCACGGAUCGAACAUGCCGUUCCCCUCGGCGACACCGCUUCCUCCCCAUGUACCACCGCCGCCGGCAUUGCCGCCACAACCUUAUCCGUCGAUGCCUGAUCAUGCUGCCAUGUCGACCCCACCGCCGCCUUUGGGACAGCCUCAAACGCAUUCACAUGGACAUCGGUAUUCGAUGUCGGGCGCCAUCCCACAGAGCUCGAGCUGGAACGGAAACCCGGCGGUCACUGGGGGCAAUUACCAGCCGGCACCUUCGAGCUCGUAUGGAACGCUUCCGCCACUACCUCCUCCACCGUCGAUGCAGAUCCCGCCGCGGUUAUCAACACCACAGGCCUACUCGAAUCAUGUCCCUCCUUCGACUUCGUUCCCGCAGCUGUACCAGUCAGAUCCGUCGGCCCCUGCUGGAAGUUAUCAACCGAGUUACGGUGGACAUACCCCUGCUCCUCCUGCACUGUCAUCAAUACCGCAACCCUCGCGGACGCCGGUACCCGGUGAUUAUACAGGGGGCCCGCCGCCUAUACCAUGGCAUGCUCAGUCAGCGCCGCCUCAGUCGAUGCCUUCGUCGUCGUCCAACGCGUACCAACAUCAACAACAACGACCGGCAUCGACGAACCCUGGGGCGUAUAUACCUCCUCCGCUGAUCGACAAUCGACCGCCACCGAGACCCUCGUCACAGCCGACGGUUCAGCCACAGACAACAACGUAUACACCGGCGAAUCAGAAUCAGAAUCAGACGUAUGGACAAUUACCGCCGCCACCCCCAGGAGGGCAUUAUCCCUUGCCGACGAGCUCGUUUCACUAUUCGUCGACGACGCCUGCGCCCGGGUCUGUGCCUUUUGGAGACGCUCAGGGACGACCGUUGCCUUUACCGACGCCUGCUCCGGGUGGGUAUCAGGAUGCAGGGUAUGCACCUAAUCACAAUCAGCUGGUCCAGGGGGAUUGGCGGGAUGCGUCGCACAAUACGCCAGUGGCAGAUACGAUGGGGACGGGGUAUCAGGGUACGAACCAAAAUCAAGGUUAUGGAGUUCAGCAGGGCGGGCCUAGUAACACCUAUGCUCAAGCUUCGAUGCCAUCACCUAUACCGCCAUCCUCGGUACCUGCUCAGAGCUCGUAUGGAUACGAUCAUCAAGUGGGUCAGAAUCAACAUCAAUGGGAUCAGGGACAAGGACAGCAUCAAGGAUAUCCGCCUCACCCUCCUGCCCCUCCACCGCGCCCACACUCGCCCCCGAACGCAUUGACUGAGGGGUUUGCGGCGAGGAAUACUCCACAAUCACAGGGAGCUGGGAGGUCGUUCUUGGCCAAUCUAGGUGUGGACGAGCAACAGCAGCAACAGCCGCUUCCGCCGGGAGGAGGAUACGGCUUACCGCCACGGCUGCCGGACAGUCUGACAGGCGGAGGGCAUUAUGGAGGCUAUUAGAUCCUGGAAGCCUUUGUAAUUGGUUGUUUUGCGAACUCACGCAUCCGAUACGACAUAGAGUAUGACAUCGACAUCGCACGGAU